UCGUGAAAUCGCGGCGCUAGCAAAAUCGGAAUCUACCCAAAUUAGUUGUUUAAAAUCUGUUGUAAAUUAAUUCAUUUCGAAGAGCCUAUCUGAAAAAUUUAUUACAAAUUGGACGCCACUGCACUGGUCCUCAUAACAACUGUCAUUGCCGACUCUUUACCUAUCACCUGACGUUUGCUCUGGAUACCGACAUGGGAAAACUAUAUUUGCGCCCAUCUGUCUCUAUCGCACAUCUUCUCAUCACAUUGCAGUCUGCAAAGGGCCGAGUUGUUUUCAUUUUUCCCAUCUUUCCUCCUGCUUGCACUCUCACUGAAUGCACGCCGCUCAGAACAUCAUUCUCCUCGCGCCAUCUCGCUCCCGCCUGGUGGUGAUGCUGCUGUGCAGUGGCGACGGCGCACGUCGCGCACUGACAGCCGCCACGACGGGAGCGACAUCAACCAGGGAAAACGUCGGACUGAGACGGUGCAGUUGGAGUUCUGCUAUGGUCGUGAGAAUUGUGUGUUCGGUGACGGCGAGGUGACUUUUGUGGAUUCUGGUCGAUUUUUCACAGAGAACAUCUCAAAUUGCCAGUGAAAUUGCGUGCAAAGGGAGUUUUCCGCAGGAAAGCACCUCCCAGGAGCUUGGUGGCCGCCAGAAUCGGCGCCGAGUCAAGUGAAUUCGCAAGUGGCCGCGGUGCUCGUUGCGGAAACGGAAACGACGGUGAUUUUCUCAUCCAAUUUCCAAAGUGUUUUCUUCUCCGUUCUUGGUGACUGCUGCGGUGCGUGAGUCUUUCGUAAGGUCGUGCUGUCGUCGUGAGUUUUCUUUUUCGAUUUUCCCGUAUUCGGUAACUGUGGGGUGUCGUCUGACAGUUUCGGUCGUCGCCAGGACUCAGGAAGUGAUUUGGGGGCUUGUGGCCCAAGUGUGCGCGAUGGGGUCGGCAGGCAAGUGUCGUGAUGGCUCCCUCCCUGGGGUCCACCUGGUGUUCGCCGAGAAAUAGAGUCGGAAGACUCGAAUUGGGAAGAAAUCGGGCGACAGUUGACUCGACUAGUCGCUCGGCGUAUCCUUGGUGUGUGCGUCUAGUGUCCUGUUCGCCCUAACGCUUCUCAGUGCCAGUGCAGUGCCAUGUUCGCUAUGCUACAAGGAUAAUAAGCGGUGGACAGACAGACGGACGGGAAACUACUACACGACUCCUCUGGAGUAGUCAGACGGAGUUGUACUUUCAUUCAUUUCUUCAGAUCCUUGACGACAAGUUGAUUACGGCGACGGAUUGCUUGGGGGUGAGGCGUCCCCGAAAGUGAACAACCCUCGUGCGAAGAAGAGUAUAAACAGCGAAACGCGAAACAUGAAAUCCAAGAAAGCUGACAGAGCCCGUUGCGGAAGCAAACCCAAUAUGGAUCUAUGGAUAUUGUGCUUGGCAGUUGCUUCAUUGUUCGGACUUACCCAUUCAGUGGAAGUUCACUUUGAAACACCAGAUAGUGGAUUUUUUCUCAAACAUUCCCCGCGACAGCCAGUUAGUCCCGAAAUCGGGAGUAGUAGCAGUAGUCAGUCAAAAUCGAAAAUGGCUCAGGAUUCUGUAUUAUCAGUAGAUCGGUUUACUGUCGUGCAGACAACUCAACCUGUAUCGAUACGAGCAAGUUACGGACCGUUUUCGACGAAACAAACAGUGCCUGCGCGAUAUAUUGUACCAGAUGCAAUGGAAACACAAGGAGAUACAAUGAAUAACACAACAGCAGCUCUUAUGGAACUACAACAAUCAAAUUUACAUUUGGACAUCUCCGCACAUUUGGUACGACCAACAGUUCCUCGUGAUUCACCAGUUCUACGUGUGCUAUUCCACGCGGGUGCUGAUCCUGGUGGUCAUUUGCAAAGGCAAAAAAUCUGCGUCCUACUCCAUGUCUCCAUGGGAACGCGGCAACCUUUAAAAGGUCGUUGUAUGCCUGAAGGUGAAGAUGGUGUAUGUGUUGCUGAAGUUAUAAUUCCUUCGAAUUGGUGGCCGCCUCUUCCACCACCUGAGAAAGACAACCAAGGAGUGCCACCUCCGAAAGUCCCACCACGACAAGUUCAAGUUUCCUAUAGUGUUUUCGAACCACCUGCGCGAAAUCCAGAGCAGUGCGAACCCAAAGUACAAAUACAGCCAUUGACAUCAUUCGCUCAGGUUCCAUUGGUAGCGGCGCAAUCGACGUAUAAAGAACUUCGUGCAGAUGAAUCUCUGACGAUUUUAGUUCCCAAUCUUCCAUUGUAUCCGAUGUCGAAAAUUCAUGUCCCUGUGUUUUUGCAGCAGCAACAAGGUGAUCAGAACAUUGCAGUAUUUAUUGUGAGAGCAAGAGUCAAAGCUGGUAUGAAAAUUCUUGGAGCAUCAGCAUCUUCUGAUCAGUGGAACAUAUCCAUAGAGAAGGAGAAUCCCAAACACACAGUGGCGCGGGUCACUGCCUUCCGAAAAGAUCAAGAUCCCGAUAGUGCUGCUGCUGCAAGCACUAAGCAGGGAGAGGCUACUGAUUCCAACAAACUCGUCGAAGUUUUCUCGUGGCUUCUCGAAGUUGCAAACGACACAAAGGAAAACUGGGACGGCGGAAAAAUUAUCUGGUCCGUAAGUUACGUUUUCGAUGCACCAAAACUCAAAGACUCAUCACCCGAGACAACGGGCUCGACACCUGAAGAGACGCGUAAGAAAAUAAUUGCUAAACUGGAAAUUAACAAAGACGAUAUACAAGCUGUCUUACCAAUCGCCAAGAAUUGGGAAUUAAUGAACACUGCCGUUCUGACUGGCCGACAAGUGUCGCAAGCAAUGAAAGUUUUCAUCGUUUCCCAGGCGGGCAAAGUUGCCGAUGUUACUCUACAAAGUUCAUGUCACGCUGAAGAUGAAAGUGUAAUUAAGGUUUCAUCAUCAUGCAGCUCAGUUUACGUUGAUGGGUCAGAGAUUCGAGGUUCAUCAAAUGCAUCGAUUAUUGUAAAGUACGGAUCCUAUGUCGGGGUCGCCAAGUUCAUCGUUUGGAUGCCUGAAUUUCCAUUGGAAGUGUUUGUGGCCGAUUCUCGACUUUCUCAGAUUAAAGGAUGGAAAAUACCCGACGAACAUCAUUUUAAUCCUCAUGGUAAAAUCAAUAGACGACGAAGAAAACGUUGGACCCAUCAUACGGACGACUUCAUGAACAAUCUAGGUGCAGAGAAGACAAUCUGUCGAGCACGUUAUCAACAGAGUCCAGUUGAAGUUUAUGCAAAAUUCUUGGCCAAAGAUCAAGAUUCUGGACGGAUUAGUCAUCUGAUUUCACGUCGAACUGGAUUACAAGUGACUGACCUAGUUCAAUCGUUGUUACGAGUUGCAGAUCCAAAAAUAGCUACUCUGAAUAAGGGCAUUGUUCAAGGACGAUCAAUGGGGCGGACAGAAGUUCAGGUUCUUUCACCAAUAACAGGACGAGUAAUUGGCGCGAAGGAAAUACGUGUUGGAAGCGAUAAAGUAAGUCUGAACAGACUUAUUGUACGUGUCGUUUCGGGUCUACAGCUACAAAUCACUCCGGACAGUGGGAUUGAGAAUGGAUAUGUGGCCGAAACAUCAGUUACGCGACGACUAACUGCCCAAUAUCAGGAAGGAUUAUUAGAUAUCGAUUUGGAAUUUUCAGACAGAACGCGUACGCCCUUGAGGGAUGUGUCAGUUGACGACUAUUUCCUGCUAGUCGAAAGUUUGGAUACAGAAGUUGUGGCAUUUGCCCCGAUGCUAGCAUCACAUCACCCUCGUGUUAUUGCUGUGGGCGAAGGUAAUGGUGAUUUGUUACGUGUAAACUUGUUGCUCUCGGAGCAGUGUCGCUUGAGGCGUAGCUUGCCACUCUCAAAGUGGUUCAAGUUCGAAUUACAUACCUCGUUCCAGUCAAAACCGAAUCCAGGACUUUUGGCUAGUGCUCUAGCGUCCGUUCAAGUCGAUUUCAGCUCUGCCGAUAAUGCACAUAAGCCAGACACUGUCCAAAACGACGGAAUUGCUGGACGUGAGAGAAAAGGACCUCGAGACUCGGGCGACCUGUCCGACAUCAUUGGCAUUCCGUUAAAAGACGAUAGCAACCACGAGCCAACUGUUCAAGCCAGACAACAUCGCGGUGGUUUGAGUCCAUUAGACGGAAUCCGACAUAAAUCUCUUCCUCAUGGCGAUAUGACUUCUAUGGAAAUUGGAAUGUACGUUCUCCUCACAGCAUUCUGUUUUGCCAUAAUUGUCUUCGUGAUAUCUUGUGUGGUGUAUGCAUCGAAAUUUCGCCCAAUCUCACCCGAGUUGGGAUUGGAAAAUGGAAACAAAGACAGUUUCACAACAAAUGGAAUUUUACGUGAACCACGUCGACCGCGCGAAUCGACAACCAACGCUCAUGAUUGGGUUUGGUUGGGAAGAUCGACAUUGGACCGUUCCUCUAUGAUUCAGGACACAGAAAAUGGAAAUAUUUUAGAAAAUCAACGAGACUCACGCAUACGAAUAACUAGCAACCCCAUGAAUUUAAAUUAUGCUGACCCAGAUGACGCACUUAUCCCUGUAACAUCAUUUGAUAAUGGAAAUCGGAUGCCAGGACCAUAUGUGAAUACAAACGGCAUAGUUGAUUCAUCCACAUAUAGUAAAACUGACCGAAGAACUAUCGUGAACGACAAUGAUGUCCCUCCUCCAAUUCCACCGCACGGUCGUCAAAGCACUAAUGGAAAUGAAGGGGAGUAUAGGCCACCAGUACCACCACACAGAAAUGUCGGUGUAACCGCAAACGUGAAUCCUAACACUGAAAAGGACGUCCACAAUGUUCCCAGACGUCAUCACAAGCAUCAUCGUAACUCAAAUCACAUCAAUCACCGUAGAUCUCAGGUUCAUGGCAGUGUUGAUUUAAUUCGUUCCUAUGACCGACCGACAGAUCAGCAUUUGAAUCUCACUCAGCAACAAUUGAAUCUUGCAUUCUUCAAUCAGAACUCUCCAGAGCAAACAUUUUCACCACAUGAAAUUAGUCCUGUGCAAAGUGAACGCGAAUCAGAAACCAUUGCUAUGAAUAGCAAUGAUCCUGACGCGAAUGAACUGCAUAUGGCCGAGAGGCUGGUGGAAAGUGCAGCUCAACAACAGAAGAAUGCUUUUCAAUUUGAUUCACUUACACCGAAACGUGAACCAUUAAGUGUAACAAAUAAUAACAAUAAUCACAAUAAUGAUAAACAAUCACAACAGCAAGAAGAUAUUCAGUUGAAUGCUUCAAAACCAGGAGAUGAAAGCAAAGAAGUAAAACGAAGGCACAAAAGACACAUACCAGCAACACAGAAUGCAACAGUGAAUUCAAGUUCCGACGAUAAUGGCGGAUUCAUUACACCUCCUGGAGAGGAUAAAAUAUCACGGAAACAUCAGGUGAAAAGAGCGACUGUAGUGGGUAAUCCUAUGUUUUCGAGUACUGCAGAUGGUGAUAUCGGUCCAGGCGAAAGUUUAGGACUCGAUGAUCUCGACAUGGAUUAUGAACAAAUUAUGCACUAUUUCGACAAUCUGAAGGAGUCAAAUGCCUGAGUUCAAGAGAUCAUUGCAAAGAUCCGCGAAAUACUAUCAACAUUUCAACAGCAAUAUCGUAACGUGGCGCUACCACCGAGUCCCGACCCAACAAUCAGUCUAUCCGAUUCGAAUUUCGAAUUUUUCCUAGAUCAAUUGAGCGAAUCGUAUGCUUAAAUUGUCGUCCGCUCUAAAAUAUUUCCGUUUCGUUUAUCGUUUCAUUCAGAUAUUUUACUAUUCAUUUCGCCUGAUGUGUUGUAUCUGUAUAAUGUAUAUUUAAUAACUAGUAUAGAAAACUGUUAUUAAAAACAUGUUAUCAUUGUCGUCGUCGUUGUCGGCAUACAAGUUUAAAGAGAAAUCAAUGAUCAAUGGUCAAUUUUGAGGUAAAUAUGGCAAUUAAUUGGAAGAACUAAAUUAUAUUACACGGCAUAAUCAAUAUAAUUUAAUAUUUGUAAUAUCUAGAGAAAGAAAAAAGAGCUAUGAUUAAGUUAAAUGAAAUUCGAAAAAAAAAUCGUGAAACUGAAAAACUAAAUCAGAUUUCAGGAGACCAUAUGUUGGUGAUUAAGGGAUUAAAACGAUUAGAUAUUGUUGAAAAGGUUUGUGUGUUAAUUGAAGAACAACUAGACGCUGAAUUGCGCGGGGGAAAUUCUCAAAGAAUAAUUGUUUAAUACGUACUUACCACGCACAUAUACAUUCUAACAAUUGCAUGUGUGUAAACUCAUAAAUAACAACAAACAAACAAGGAAAGAACACCGCCAUUACAAAAAUAAGAAUAGCGUAAUCUGACAAACGUACAUCCGUUAACAACAACGAGGAAAUGUAUAUUUGAGGAAACUAUAAACCAAAACCUAAACUAAAUGAAUACAUAGAUAUAUUCAACAGAACCACAGCCUUGCUUUUGCGACUUUGCAGUGAUCGUAUUCGGGUAAAUAAAAUAUGACGAGGACAAAAACAAAACAUGCUAAACCAAAUAAACACAAUUAGAAAGAAAAUUUAUCUCAUAUCAUUACGAAUAACAUUAAUUCAUCCUGUUUUCGUUCCAAUUCCAUAUAAAGUUAGAUUCAAUAUUUAUUGUUUUAAAAGUUAGGAAUCAUGAAUACUUUGCCUUUUGUUUGUAGUAAGAGAAGGAAAGUAAAACUACUAAUAUCCACAGAUUUUUAGUAACAAGAAGGAUUUAACGUGACCAACAUUGAGUAUCAUCGAGACGGAAGUUCCUUAGAUUACAUAACGAAUUUUGACAAUUUAUAUCUCAAAUGGGACAUUUCAAUUGUAGAAUAAAAUGUUUUCUUUUAUUUAUUUCACCUAUUUAUUCGAAACCCUUUUAAAGCUCAACUACUUGCUGUUGACUGCUCCUGGAACUGAAUCUUUCACAGUCGUUAAUAUUGUCGUUUUGUUGUUGACACCAUUUGUCCAACUGGUAGCAGCCAUUUACGAUGAAAACCUGUGAUGAUAUAAAAAUGUUGGUUAAUAUUAAUUCUGUUGCCAUUAAUAACAAAACAAUAUUAGACGGACAUCUGAUGAAUCAGUUUGUACAGUUAUUCUAGUCAAACAAUACGAAAAAUAAAUGAAAGAUACGAAAAUUUAAGCAAAUAUAUUACAUAUAAAUGCGUUGUACACAUCAAUAGAAAAUGAAAUGAAAGAAAGUAAUCGUUUUUUAUACAUUUUUAUACUUUCUAUUGUCUGAAUAUUGUAUUAUAAACUUUAUUUAUUGUUGAUUAGUUUAAGAGUCGUAUAUUACACACACGAAAUGUAUAAUAUAUUAUUAAAAUAAGACGCAGAGAUGAAUAGAGAUGUUAGCCCACAAAAUGAGUUUAACACAGUCCAUUUUACAUUCAUUAAAAUUCAAUUAAUUCAACCAUUUUUAUUGCUACGUAGAAGUACUGAAAUGUGAUUUUUAAAAGUGACAAUUCUCUUAAACAAAAUGAACUAAAUUUGUAUCAAAUUAUUCAAAAUUUUGGUUCUAUUUAUUUAACCCAAGUGAAAAUUGAAUAUUUAUUUUUAUGGUGGAGAUUGGAUAUGCACAACUAAAUACAUGUUUAGACUAUGCAAAAUUAGCUCGGAAAACAAAAGUUUAAAAUGAAGGAUACAUAAGGACAAAUUAUGCUCUUGUCGUCUUUUUUUCACAUACGUGUUUGCGCGAAGGCGGAGAUGGUGAUCAUAAAUAUAAUAACCUUUUCCGCAUCAUUCUUGAGGAUAAGAAAAUUUUCUCGGUGUUCGAUGAAUCCACUAUACCAUCACAAGAUCCGCUGUGUUUUAAGGAAAAUACAAUGCUAUUGGCUUGAAUAUCAUUUUCAAAACAUUUUAUUUAUUUUUAGAAAAUUUUAUUCACAAUGGUUAUUCUGUGUGUAGAACAAUCUUUUAAGACUACAAUUAUCUAGGAAGGACCUUAUUAUGUCAUCUUCCGAAGACAUUUUUUGAAAAAACCAUUAUCGUAACUGUUAAAUUUAAGAUUGUAUAAACUAGCCGAAUUAAUAUGGACUCUAUUUGGCAAAUUAAAUCAUCUUCAACAUGCUUUGUUAUGCUUCCUUGCCAAUUAACUUUGGCACCAAAAAGCUCAAUACAAUACAAGCAAAACUUGCACUCAAGACUGUGAGGAUUUUUGUGCUUAGAAACAGAACUGAACUGAUGACUCUUCAUUCUGAUUUCGCCGAUAGUAACUAAGUUUAACCUGCCUAGGAAAUCAUUUGGAGUAUAUGCUCCUUUUGGCAAACCUUCCAUUGUCUCUACUUAUUCAGUUUCGUUCAUUCGUCUUACUCACGUUUUGACGGCAUCAUGCUUCUCGAAUGAUUGAUGCCACGUACUUACGACUUACUGCCGCUCAUAUGUAUACAGGGUUGAAAACAGUGAAUAGGGAUCUACUUUAUUGUUUGACCAUUUGAAAUAAGCUUAAAGUGAUACAUCAAAACUCAAAAAAUCCACUUGACUACCAAUCCGCAUACUUUAUUAGAUCUAAACCCUCAAUUUUGAUUAUCUGAAUAUUUCAUGAGUUCACCAGUUUUUAGCAUGUUCGACGCAUCUCCUCUAUUUUCGCUCAAAAGCAAUGAAGUUACUUGCAAGCCCUUGGAGACCGUGGAAGUAAUGUAGCCGGGCAGUCUACCCCGACUUUCCAUUUCGCAUAUUUUUUGCGUCACUCCAAUUGUUUGUAAAUUAUUCUUCAACAUAGUUCAGUCAUCAUCACUUUUGAUGCAAGUGGUGAGGCUGGGGAACAUUUUUUUGUGCCUGCCCUUCAUCUCGCUGUCCGAUGGAAACAUUUUUCCAUUCAUGAACACCGUCAUAGAAAUGAACAGAUGAUAAUCUCAAGGUGGCGGGUCAGGGGAAUACGAGGAUCUGUUCAAAAUGUUCCACCCAAACAGAUCCAAGAUUUGCUUUGUGGCGUUGGCCGUGUGAAGUCUGGCAUUGUUGUGCCGUAUGUAUAUCCCCUUAAUCAGCAUACCCGCAUGAUUUUUUAGGCUUAAUAUACGGUGGUUUCGAUUUUUUUGGCGGAAAUUGAAAAAGUAUAAUGCCACUGUCGACACUGUUUUUUGGUUUCAGGGUUGUAGUGGUUAAUCCGCUCCAAUCAACACCACACUAGAUUGGAGAAAGUCAUUAUCAUAGACUAUAUAGCAAAAACCCUUUGGAGGUUCGCACUAGAUUUAACUAGGGUUGUUCUAUCAGCCGGAUUAGGACCCAUCUCCCAGAUUGUUUCCAAUAUGCGAGGAUUUCUAUGAUUGCUCUGUGCAGCGAAUAUUUGGAGAUUUUCGAAAAUAUCAGGUUGUCCACAAAGUUUUCGCACAAAUCAAAGACAGAAUUCAGCAGAUAAG